AAAAGUCAUAACAGAUGUUGAUGCUACGGUAGCUAAAAAUCGUGGAAACCAGAAACGCAGUGCAAAAACAUAAAUUUUCAUUCCAAAAUCUCGAAAGUUGCUUACUAAACUAAACAAUGACAGACGUGCUUGAUAUCUACAACCACGAGGAAUUUGAAGUGGAUGAAGAUGGUGAUCAGGGAAUCGCUCGGCUGAAGGAGAAAGCACGUAAACGCAAAGGACGCGGUUUUGGAAACGAGAGCAUUCCUCGGGAAGCUAUCGACUACGAGCGGCUGCAGGAUGACGAAGAGGAAGCCGAGCCGGGCCCACAGCGUUCCGUCGAGGGCUGGAUUUUGUUUGUCACUUCAAUCCACGAGGAGGCACAGGAGGACGACAUCCAGGAAAAGUUCUGCGAAUUUGGUGAUAUCAAAAAUAUUCAUCUGAAUCUGGAUCGCCGGACCGGUUUCCUGAAGGGGUAUGCACUGGUAGAGUACGAGACGUAUAAGCAGGCACUUGCCGCCAAAGAAGCGCUAAAUGGAUCUGAAAUUCUGGGACAAACUAUCGCAGUUGAUUGGUGCUUCGUCAAGGGCCCAAAGAAACUGAAGAAAUCUGGUGAACGCCGAAGACGAUAGAAUAAUGUAUUUUGAAUGAUUCAUAAUUUAUUCAUUUGGUUAUAACAAAUGUAUUCAAAUAAAGACGUGUAACAACGAA